UGGAUAUAUUCUGGUAUAUAAUUUACACAAGUGUCAACCCGGGAUAUACGCGCCUCCUCGCAUCAAGAUACCUUCCAGGAUGUUACACAUGUUUUAUUUGCGAUCAAAUUUCAGCUGUCUUGGCAAAAGUGUGCAGACAUCACAGUUUAAAUAGUCCUCCAGACUGCAACAUCGCCGCCCCUCCAUUUGAGCGCAGGCACUACUACUCGCCUCCACCACCAAGUGUGUACAAAAUAAGAGGAUUACAUGGAAGGAUAAAUAUUUACAGUAUACACUUGUGUAGACUGCUUAAUCAUUCAGGAACAGUGUAGUGUGACACAAUGAAGAAAACAUUGUCUCCAAUACCUGAUGAAGGGAAUGGUGCCAGUGGUAGCAGUGGUGUCGAGGCAACUGUUUCUUUACACACGGCCAAGGAAAAUUUGCAAAACACUUUUCAAACGCAUCAAUUGCAUAAAGAGAAACUAGGAAGCCUUGAAGAAGAAAUAGCAAAGCUACAGAAGUUCAGAAAAGAUUAUGAACAUCUUUUGAAGAAGCUUCAAACUCUUCCAGAUAAAGCUUCUCAUGAGGUGAUGGUUCCAUUCGGUUCCAUGGCAUUCAUGCCAGGGCGUCUCAUUCACACUAAUGAAAUUUUAGUGCUCUUAGGCGACAACUGGUUCGCCGACCGCAGUGCUAAACAAGCAUCCGACAUUGUCCGCCGCAGACUGAAAGACUGCGACGAGAAGAUCAAAACUGCGGAGAGUGCCAGGAAAGUCCAUAGCAAUAUUUUGAAGCAGAUCGAGGAGGUGCUGGGUGGGGAGGCUGGCGAGCAGGUGGAGAUAAUAGAGGAACUCACAGAGGAACAGUUUAUCAAGAGUCAAGAAGAACACAGAAAGAAAGUCGCUAGUUUCUUCAGCAAGCAAAAGGAAAGUGCAUCUGAUGCUGAGGCUGGCAGCAGUAGCAGCAGCACUUUGUCGUAUCCUGAAUACAUGGACAGGCUUUCGCAAGAACACAGGCUAUCUUACGAAGAUAUUAUGAAGCGAUUAGACCAACUUGAGCUAGAGGAGGAGGAAGAGGAAGAGGAGGAGGAAGAGGAGGGGGAGGGAGAAGCUGGAAGUGAAGACACUGAAGAGUGUGAGGAAGAUGAUGAGAAGGAAGUGAAGUUUGAUAAUGAGAUUAGUGAUGAAGAAAGAACUAUGGGUAGUGAGGGUGAGAUGGAUGAGAGUAGUAGAGCAAAGAGAGCCAAACUUAAGAGACGGGUAUCUUGGGCGGACGAUGUGCGCACCCUCUUCACCGUAAUCCCAGAUGACGACAGUGAAGACAUCUGCCGCAUUAAAUACUCCAGCAAGCCGCUGUCCCUUCCUCUGGCAGAACUGUCAAUGGAAGGGCUCGAUAGAACUGAUGGUACGGCCGAAAAUAUUCAGAGUCCUUCUGAUAUUUAUAAAGUCUUUGCUCAAGGGGCAUCUGCACCAGAGCCGCAGCCUCGAGGAAUACUUAAAAAAUCUGCAUCACUUCCCAUACAAGAUGUGAGUGAUGGGUGGUGCUGUCCCCCCAAACCUCUGGAUAUUGAUGCAGAAACUCCGGAAGACCUGCCCCCACCACCUCCAUCACCCCCUCCCAAGAGAAUGCAGUCGCUCAAACCUGCAUUUUCAUACAGAGUCACGGAACGAAAGUUUGGCGACACCGAUGCUCAGGAGGCAGAGUCGACCACAAAGAAAGAAGUUCAACCAAAGAAGGUGUCAAAGUUCAAAGCAUCAAGAUCGAAGAAAUAAGUUUUACCAUUUCCCUGACAAUAGGUGUUUAAUUUAAUAACCAAAUAAAGAUAAGGAUAUAUACAUAGAGAGAGAGACGGUUCAUGUUUGUCUCUUUACCAUUUUCACUCAUUUUGAAGUUUCAGAUUCAUAUUGAUUAGCAUAAAUUUACCAGCAGGGUAUUAAUAUUAUAGGCCAUAUAAUGCAUGGAGUGCAGGUCUACCUAAUAUAGUGAAGUAUUAACUAAACUCAUUGCAGCCUAUUUCUGCAACUAUUACCAGUAAGCUCUUAUAAUGCUAUUCUAUAUAGUGUAGUUUUUUACCCAAAACAGUUGAAAAAAUACAUUCAAAAUUAAGCAGUACAGGAGGGCUCCACUUACACAGCAGGUUAGGUUCUGGGCUACUGCUGUAUAGGAGGGUCCCACUUACACAGCAGGUUAGGUUCCAGGCUACUGCUGUACAGGAGGGCCCCGUUUACACACAGGUUAGGUUCCAGGUUACUGCUGUACAGGAGGGCCUCACUUAUACAGCAGGUUAGGUUUCAGGUUACUGCUGUACAGGAGGGCCCCGCUUAUAGAGCAGGUUAGGUUCCAGGUUACCUCUGUACAGGAGAGCCCUGCUUAAACAGCAGGCUAGGUUCCAGGCUACUGCUGUACAGGAGGGCCCUGCUUAUAGAGCAGGUUAGGUUCCAGGUUACUGCUGUACAGGAGGGCCCCACUUAUACAGCAAGUUAGGUUCCAGGCUACUGCUGUACAGGAGGGCCCCGUUUACACACAAGUUAGGUUCCAGGCUACUGCUGUACAGGAGGGCCCCGUUUACACACAAGUUAGGUUCCAGGCUACUGCUGUACAGGAGGGCCCUGUUUACACACAGGUUAGGUUCCAGGUUACUGCUGUACAGGAGGGCCCCGCUUAUACAGCAGGUUAGAUUCCAGGUUACUGCUGUAAAGUGAGACAUUUUUUUUUAACUUUCAAAUGCAUGUAAAAGCCUGAUAAGAUGUUUACACUAUCAUAUAUUAAGUGAAUAAUAGAGCUAGGCCUAAAAAAUUCAUAUACAGUACACACAUUACUUACCUUUUAAAUAUUUUCAGCCUUAGCGUAUAGUGAGUGGUGAAUAUAUUUAUUGUAGGAAGUCUGAAUAAAUGAAGAAUGGCUAUAACCGAAAAACCAUAAAACGAAAUUGGUGCCCGACUGUACGUGCUAUGGAGGUUUUUUUAUGGGAUAUCUAAUUUUGAAUUCAAUUUUUCAGUCGGUUACAAAAAAUCAUUCUGUAUAGAGGAGCUUUGUAAGAAAGCUGUCGUCAUAUGCAAACUGUUCUAAUAUUAACUUGUAAAUUAUUACAUUCCCCAUCUUGCAACUGUAAGGUGACUACAUCCCAGGUGAGGCGUUAAUGUUGUCGAGCACCUUGACGGAAUGGUGUAACCACCUACCCCUAGACCCGGCACAGUUGUUAGUACCCUACCAUGCCAUCCUUGCUUGCUCCUAGGGUGACAUUGUCUUCUCAUAAGCUGUGAAGGCAUACAUGUAUCCCUGUUGUGUAAAAACAGUUGAACCACUUAAUCCGACCAUGGAAUGGGCAGGGUUUGAACUGGCAUGGAGAUUUACCACUCUCGCCGUGGGUUCGAACCCCACCCAUUAUGUGGUUCAUGUACAAUCGUGCUAUUACAACCACUUAAUCGUUUUGCCAAUUUAUCAUCCUGUCAAUACAUAUCAUACACAUUA